UCUUUCUCUACAGCCCCGGGGACCUUCUGCACACAGAGCUUCCGAAGUGAACCCGAGUUGCUCGGCUCUGUGCACGACUCUUCUGUUUUACUCCUCUUGCCAUAAGUUUAUGUGUUCCCUAUCAAGGAGCGAGCGGGCGGGCGGGCGCGCGCGAUAAGCCGCGCGAUGGCGUCACGCGCACGGGGAUGAACGUGACACGUCGGCGCUGCUGCUGCCGGAUGUUCCAAGAUGGCCGCGGCUGUUGCUGCCUCUGCGACGAGGGAAGGAAGGAGGAGAAGCAGCAACGCGGCCGCCGGUUGGUCUUGCCGCCUCCGCCGCCGCCUCUGCUGCUGAGAGGGCCGCCGCGCGGGGGGAGGGCGAAGCAGUGUGUGCAUGACGCUCGAGAAGCCAGUCCCACGGCAUCCACCCUUAAUUCUCCCAAGCGACAAAGCAACGUGGCUCGGCGUGUACCAUGCAGCCUCCACCACAGGCCGUGCCCACCGGGGCAGGGGGGCCUCCUCCUUUGGCGACGUCACGGAACAUGUAUUGGCGAAACGGCCCGUUUGGCCGGCGGGCAAAUGUUCCUGUCUCCACAGCAACUGGCCCGGUGCAACCUGUGACAGACCCAUUUGCCUUUGGCAAGCAGGUGCCCCAAGGUGCCCCGUUCAGUGGCAGCACCCCCAAGGAGGACCCACCAGUUAUGCAAGUUUUUUCUCCCAUGACAUUUCCUCCACCUGCUGCUAGCCAUCCUCCUCCUCCUCACCCGCAUAUUGCAGAUGGCGCUCAUGGACUGCACCCAUCUUUACCGGCACCUGUCUCUCACCCUGGAGCAAACAGCACAUUUUCAAGUAUGGCGGCUCCCUUGCCCUCGUUUCCUCCUCAUGUUACAAACAGUGCUGAAAUGCAUCUGAACGCGGAGCACGGCAGACACAACAACCCUUUGGGGCAGUCUCAUUCCAUGGGAAAUUCUCUUGGCGGACACCCAGGUUUGGCUUCUGUGCCAGACCAGCCUCCAAGCGGGCAAGAGGCCAGCAGAAAUCCGAGCGACCCCACUUCAGUAUCAGCAUCACUGCCUGUCUUCCCACCUGCCCAGCAAACUCUGCCUCAGUGGAAGCUUUCCCAAAGUAGCUUGCAGCCCCAAGGCCAGGCUUAUUCUCCCUAUCCAGAGCCGUCGCCCCCAAAUGCCUUUUACGCUGUAACUUCGUCUACUGCUGGUAUUUCCGACCUGGGUCCCCACCAGAGUUCUCCACAGCAACCUGCUGUCCAUAAUACUGCACAGGCACCAUUGAUGUACGGAGAUGCGUCCAGCGUGGCUGCCACCCAAAGCAUCGGCCGCCAUCACCACAGCGCUUGGCAGAACCCAGGAGGGGCGAGUCCUUGGCCAGGCUACCUCCCUCAAGAACAUUUUUAUUUGCAGCCCCUUGAAUCAGCCUACACCCUCGGCAGCCCCGCCACUCAGGAAAACAGCUCGCCAGCCCAACCUCAAAGCGUGUCGGAGGCAGCAAGUGGGCAGGGCCCGGCUGAGGCAGAUUCAGGAACAAUUUCAAUGUUUUUUAAAGGAGACGAGGCUGAAAACGAGGAGAUACUUUCGUCAGAAAGAGCCGACCAGGCCAGCCACGCUGACACUGAUGCUUUUCCGCAGACAAUGGGACAUACUUACUAUCAGCCCUUGCAUUCUCAGCAGAUUGCGGCAGCUCCUUUCUCUCCGUUGCAGGGUAGUGCAGGCUUGGUGGCGACGGCUGAGCCUCUACCAAAGGGAGUGGAUGUCCAGCAUUCCUUCAGAACCACUUGUGAGCAAAGUGACACCCAGGCCAGUAAAAAUGCAGUCUUCCUUCCGGAGGACAAAGGUGGCCUCUGUGGAUCACGUGGCUGUGUUGGCCCACAGUAUGAAAACGUUGAAAACCUAGAGUGCGUUCAGAACCAAGAAGUUUUGCCAAGUGAGUCGCUGAACCAGGGUCAUUUGUCCCCAGGUGCGAUCCCAGACCCAAACAAGUACGCCUUGCUGCUGGGACCGUCGCUUCCAAAGAAUAGUGCUGCGAGCCGACUGGAAGCAGGACCAAAUCUAGAAGCGCCUGGUUCAUUGCCUCGACCCGUCCGCUCUGACAGCGUCUCUUCCAACUACAGUAACCUGAGCCACCACAGCGUUUCUAGUUUGGCCCGGCUGCAGGAACUGGGCACGUUCAUUCAGCAAGAAAGUGGGAAGCCAGAGGAGGAUUCUGCAGUGAGCUUCUUCAAGCAGAUUGACUCUUCUCCUUUGGGUGGGAAUGCAAGUGGACAGAGCCCCAGCAAGAGUUACCACUCUCAGGCGCCCACCCCAAGCCCCCCGAAGCCCAUGGGAGUCUUUCAGACGAGCGCAAACAGUUCAUUUGAGCCAGUCAGGUCCUAUGGGUUGGGAGUCAAACCCACAGAGGCUGACCAGGCGAAGAUGGUGGCAGAACUGAGAGAGAGUCGCCCAAGCCAGAGGAGUGCUAAGAAGAGCCCAGCCACGCCAGUGGCCUCCCCAGGGAACCUUGAGCAGCCUCCUGAUAACCUAGAAACUCUUUCCACGUCCCAGGCCCAUCCCUUGCCUCUCAUGGUGGCGGGCAGCUCUGUGAGCACGCUGCAGCCCACCGAUGGAUCCCUGGUGGAAAACAUGCAGUUGGUCCCUGACAAGAAGCCAUCUGCCAGGGCUCAGGGAAACGUUAAGAAGUGUGAGAGCCCAGCCACAACGCUCUGGGCACACAACGAAUUGCCGGAUUUUGCGGGCAAUGUGCUUCUUGCCCCAGCGGCCCCAGCAGUCUAUGUGCCAGCUAAGCAGACGGUCCGGGUGGUUCAGCCCCCCCAGGAGGGGUUGCCCGGCCACCAGCCUAACAAGCCGGGGUCUGCCCCCCUCCCAGUGUCUCCAGCGGGAAACAUCUCUUCUGAAAACUUGGAGAACCCUCCCAAAAUGGGUGAUGAAGAGGCACUCCGUUCUCAGACAAGUUCAGGUUACGCAAGCCUCCUUUCCUCCCCACCUACGGAGGCUCUCCAGAACCAGCCUGUCUUGAUCGCCCAGCCAAAUCAAAGCUACAGCUUGGCCCAGCCAGUUAAUUUCUCUCUCGCUCAUCAGCUGAGCAAGAACGAGACUAAUCACUUGGCAACAGACCCUGGGGUUGGCAAUAUGUCUUUGCUGGGCAUGCACGGUAGCGGUCACCCUUCUGGGCCUACAGUUCACACGUCUGUUGCUGCAGUGGCAGCUCUGUCAAAUUCCAAUUUUUUACAAGGCCCUUUGAGCUCUUCUGAAAUGACUUCGAAUAAACCUGCAAACUUGCUGACACCCCCAGUCUCCCAAGGCCCGCUCACCUUAGCUCCCGGAAGUCAAAAGGCCAGCAGUUUGGAAGGGCCGCCUCCAGACUUGGCUAGCAAGCCCAGGGCUAAUGCUUCUGGCUCCCGUGGCGCUGCAGGCGUGGCGUCAAUCCCUCCGGCCCUCAGCAUGGUCCCUACGAAUAGCAAUCACAGUAGACCCAAAAACAGUUCAAGCAGCCAAGAGCCUUUGAGAGCACUUGAUUUUACUGUAGCAAAGACCUUGGAGCAAAGUGGCGGGACCGUUUGCACCCCGGGGCCUAGCCCGUCGCUUUUCAGCAGGCCGGGGUUCCCUCAGCCACCCAGCCGAGCGGAGCCCGGGGCUCAUGACCAAGAGCUCUUCUAUCAGCAGGUCACAAAAGACACACAGCCUCUGUCGGGUAGAGCCACCCCCUCGCAGCAGCAAGGGCAGGCUGCGGCAGCACCCCCUCAGCAGCCGUCGUAUCCCCAUGCACCUUCUGGAAGUGGGUCUGCUCGGCUGCUGCCAAGCCACAGGACUGGCGCUGCAGAAGGGUACGUGGUGCAGCCGCCAGCAGCCUGUGCUCCGGUGAGCAUGGAGAGCCAGCCGGUGUCCUCGGGCCAGCCCUCAGGUGCUCCAGCUGCCACCAGCCAGCCUUUUGCUCCGACAGCUGCUAGCAGCAGUGCCAGCCAGCCAGCCGGGCCUCAGCACGAGCACCAGUGCCCGCCCCCUUCCCAGACUCCUCAGAGUGCCUUUGGCCCAGCACCAAACCCUUAUUACUACUACAGGCAUCCCUAUGACGGCUACCCGUCCUACCAGCCGCCCUAUGCUCCAGUGGAUCCCAGGACAGCUCACCUGUACUACCAGGAGGACCCAUAUGGGCGAUAUGACCUCUCCUACCGGCAGUAUGACAGCGCUGCAGCCUACAGGAACUCUGGGAGUUACCAGCCCGCGGAACCUGAGCGCCCGAGUUCCAGAGCAAGCCACACCUCGGAUAGACCCCCGUCAAGACAAGGAUAUCCCGACGAUUAUUACAGCACCAAAAGCGGAUGGAGCGAUUAUUACGCAGACUACUAUGCAAAUCCCUACGAUUACGGCGAUCCAAGCCGUUACCCAUAUGAUGCCAGGUACCGAGAUCCUAGAGGUUAUGACCAGCGGUAUUGGUACGACCAAGAGCAGACCCCUUACCAGAAGAGAGAGGCCUAUCCCUACGGAAACAGCAGUCAUGACCGGUACGAAGAUCACUGGCGCUACGAUCCUCGCUGUGCGGGCAGCUUUGAAGACGAGUUGGAGACCCGCCGGGACCUCUAUGGGGGGGAUGAGUUUGACCGGCGCAGUGUCCACAGCGAGCAUUCUGGGCACAGCCUCCGCAGCUCCCACAGCCGCCAGAGCAGCUUCAGCUCUCGCUCCCAGCAGAGCCAGCUGUAUCGGAGCAAUCACGACCUGACAGCCAACGCCUACGAAGCCGGCCACCAGCCCACCUCGCUCCAUGCGGAGUAUUCCUGCGGGGGAUACUCCCACUUUGACAUCCAGCCGCCGUUCACGGAUAGCUACUCGGGUCAGCCUGCUUGGCCAGCUGCAGAACAAGUCCCUUCAAGGCCUCUGACGCCCGAGAAGUUUUCGGUGCCUCACGUCUGUGCAAGAUUUGGCCCUGGGGGCCACCUGAUAAAAGUGCUCUCGAACCUGCCCUCGGAGGGACAGCCAGCUUUGGUUGAAAUUCACAGCAUGGAGAUGGUGAUGCAGCAUUCUUCAGAGCAAGAGGAGAUGCGGGCCUUCCCUGGCCCUCUCACCAAAGAUGAGACCCACAAGGUGGAUGUUAUUAAUUUUGCCCAGAAGAAAGCCAUGCGGUGUUCUCAGAACGAAGUGCUGAUCGACAAGGAGUCCGCCCGGCUGCUCUGGGACUUUGUCGUCCUCCUGUGCAGGCAGAAUGGGACAGUUGUGGGCACAGAUAUUGCCGAACUCCUUCUGCGGGAUCACAAGACUGUGUGGCUCCCCGGGAAGUCGCCCAAUGAAGCAAAUCUGAUCGACUUCACGAACGAGGCUCUGGAGCAGGCAGAAGAGGAGUCUGGGGAAGCCCAGCUCUCCUUCCUCACGGACAGCCUCAUUGCCACCAUCGACAGCCUCGAGAAGGAGACAGAGCGCUUCAGGGAGCUCCUGCUUUAUGGCCGCAAGAAGGAUGCUCUGGAAUCGGCCAUGAAGCACGGACUCUGGGGACACGCUUUGCUACUGGCCAGCAAGAUGGACAGCCGGACUCACGCAAGAGUGAUGACCAGGUUUGCCAACAGCCUUCCAAUAAACGACCCCCUGCAGACCGUUUACCAGCUCAUGUCCGGACGGAUGCCUGCAGCAUCCACGUGCUGCGGAGAUGAGAAAUGGGGAGACUGGAGGCCCCACCUGGCCAUGGUCCUGUCCAACCUGACGAAUAACGUGGAUGUGGAGUCCAGGACGAUCACCACCAUGGGCGACACACUUGCUUCAAAAGGCCUCUUGGAUGCUGCUCACUUUUGCUACUUGAUGGCUCAGGUUGGGUUUGGAGUCUACACAAAGAAAUCAGCAAAGCUGGUGCUGAUUGGCUCAAAUCACAGUUUACCUUUUUCAAAGUUUGCUACCAAUGAAGCUGUCAGGAGGACAGAGGCCUACGAAUACGCACAGUCACUGGGGACUCAGCCGUGCUGUCUGCCCAAUUUCCAGGUUUUCAAGUUCAUCUAUGCUUGCCGACUGGCCGAGGUGGGACUUGCCGCGCAAGCCUUUCAUUACUAUGAAGUGAUUUCCAAAGCCAUCCUUAGAAACCCAUGUUACUAUUCCCCGGUUCUUAUCAGCCAGCUGAUCCAGAUAUCCUCCCAGUUGCGUCUCUUUGACCCUCAGAUAAAAGAGAAACCAGAGCAGGAAUUAUUUAUUGAGCCUGAUUGGCUGGUGCACCUUCGAAGCUUAGAUGGACAAAUUAAGGAGGGGUGCAUAACUUACAGUGCAGGGCGAUGCACACCCCAGCCAUACCACUGCAGCACACCAAGCUCUGAACUGGACCAUGUGAGUCAAAGUGAGGGCCUGGGAGCUGGCCAGGAAGUGAGCUCAGGCUCCGACAACCCGCUGCUGGCUGGCGUAGGGCAUCCCUUGCAGCCGAGUGUCCAGCUGAUGCCUUCAGCUCCCCAGGUUAUCCUUGACAGCUCAGCCACCACGGCGCUACCUUCCCAUCAAGAGGCUGCUGGUGCUGUUCCUUUCUACCCUGUGGCCCCCUCCUCGGUGGGGCCAGGGCCUGGCUACUUCCAUCCCUAUGGAGCUGAGCAGAUCCCUGCGUACCCUGGGCCGGCGAUGGGGCCACCAGCAGGGCCAUCCUCUCAAGCGAACAAGCUUCAGCCGCAGGAGCAGCAGGUCAACCAGGAAGCAGGAGUGCAUGGCAGCCCACAGGAGUCUCAAGUCUGGAAGGCUGGACCGGAUCCCAGAGAGGAGGACUUCUAUGGGAAGAUGGCAAGCAUGGGCUCGGGCCGACGAUCCAGAUCUACCUCCCAGUCUUCAGUCCACAUGGGCUUUGGUGGGCGGAGGUCUCGGACCACCUCGGAAUCCUCCGUGCAUUCUGUGGGGCGUGAGAGGCGGAACUCCGCGGCAAAGCAGCCCUCCCCGCCCCCACCGUCGAUCCUGGAAGGGAAGGAGACCAAAAAGGACCCAGCACCUCGGAAGAGCGGUGCAACGUGGUUUGGCUGGCUGAUGGGAAAAGGCAAGAAUGAAGCUCAUCUCCCCGACGAUAAAAACAAAUCGAUUGUCUGGGAUGAAAAGAAACAGCGGUGGGUCAACUUGGAUGAACCGGAAGAAGAGAGCAAGCCACCACCUCCACCUCCCGUGGGGUUCCCUCAGGUCCCCCCAGCAGUUCCAUCUGGAACAGGAGGACCUCCCAGCAACUCUGUGAACAUGUUCUCCAGGAGAGCAGCUGGAAGCAGAGCUCGAUACGUUGACAUCCUGAAUCCAAGUGGGGCCAAAUCGCCCGGUGCUGCUGCCCCCGCCCCUUCGGACCUCUUUGCUCCGUUGGCCCCAAUGCCCAUCCCUGCAAACUUGUUUGUCCCAAACUCAGCUCCGGAGGACCAGCAGCCUCUGGUGGACAAAGGAGCCAAAGGGCGAGCAGCGCCAGGAAGCCAGCCCAGCCCCGAAACUGCUGCCGAACCCCCAUAUUUAAAUUCUGCCGUGUUCCCGCCUGGCUCUGAGCAACCUCCAUCCAACCCAGAGGAUUCCCAGCUUGGAGAGCUUUCGCGCUCUAGCUCAAUGAGCUCAUUAUCAAGUGAAGUAAGCCAGCAUUUUAAUCAGCUGCCUUUGGGAGGACCCCCAGCAGGCACGGUCCAGUUUUACAACCCUUCCCAGUUUGCACAGCCUGCGGCAUCUCCAGGAAGCUCAAGACUCAGCAGAAUUGGACAGAGAAAAUAUCCCACCUUAAAAUAGCAUGCAGCAAAUCUGUUAUCUGGGCCAUCAUGCAUGGUUUUUCAGAGAAUUUCUUGAGAUCCCAUGGCACAUAAAAUCCAUCCUCUCUCAUUGAGGGGAUCAGGGUUUGGUUGGGUUUUCUAGUGAGGCUCUGACUUGCAAAAAUUACCAAAUGCACCCCAUGAAGUAAAAGCCAGCUGGAGUGUUCUAACUCCAGAGUGUGACUGCAGAGAGAAUGAACCAGACGGAAGGCAGGGGGCUGGUUUUCCUCUCCCUCUGGCUGACUUUUGCUAGAAUUCAGAUACUCUUCAGUGAUUUGUGAAUUCUCUAAGGAAGUGGUCUUUCCCGAAUAUGUAAGAGGAUGCAUGUCACCUUUUAACAUUACAGUUCGUGGCCUUAACAGGGAUUGGGGCACAGUUUUUAUGCAUAUAAAACCACCAGCUAGGUUUAUUGCUUAUCUGAAGCAUUAAGAUAUAUUUGGCUGGGAUAUUCUUCACGUAUUGACUUUCCUCGCUGCCAGCACCUCUUCCCCUUGAGGUGGGGAAACAUAGCUCAUCCAAAUAAACAGACAGAUGUAUAAUGAAUGAAAAACAAAACAAAAACAAAACUGUGAUUUGUAAUCUAAGAUUUAAUUGGAAGUGGAUUUUCUCUAGUAUGUAUGUAGUUCGUGUUUAGGCUCCUUGUAAAACAAACUGUAUAGUCCAAAACCAGAAGCUCUCUGUAUAGUAGGUGAUGCUGUUUUCUCUCUCUCUCUCUCUGAUGAUUCCUCUUGAAGUGCAAUAUCUCCCUUUCUCUCACUCUUGGUUAUCAGUCUCUAAAGUUAAGGCAGUAACCGUUCAAAAGGGUUUUUUGCUUUUAAGUGUAGUGUGGGAGUCUGUUCCUGCUUCUCUGUCUCAAACUUCCUCCCAUUAUCAGGUUGACUGAGGUCUUAAUGAGCUAACACUCACACCUUCACAAAAUUAAAUGGAUUUGGAUUCAAUAAGCCUCUCCAGUGGCAGGCCUGAAUCUUCGUCUUUGAGGUAUGCCACUGUUCACAUCUGCUUAAGCCUGACUGGACCCCGACAAGAGGACACUAAAUAUUUACGUACUAGGUUUAAGAUUUGCUCUGGUAGCUACAGAGCCAGUUCCCUCUGUUACCACCAAUGUUGCUUGUGGAUAGAGAAAGAAAAUGGUGAAAGGCAGAUUUAUUAAUGUUGAAUCUUUGUGGGGUUAAUCCCACAUAUUUGGGAUCUGGAAAGCCUUAAAUACAUUUCGAAGGGAUUGUUUUUGUUCAGGAGGAAUUGCUAACAAUCCAUGUUCAAAAGCCCUGGACUUUUGUCCUGCCAGAGUGGUGGCUUUUUUAAAAUCACCAAGCCUUCUCAGAUACAUGUUUCUCUCCCCCCCCCCUUUAUACAGAUAUCUAUCUGAUUCUCUCCUUGUCGACUGUCAAACAUGUUUCAGUUCAAGAAGGUUUCCUGGACACGGAGAGCCACUCUCUGUCCUAAAUGUUAGGAGUGACACUGUACAUUCUCUUAAAAUAAAAUAUUUUGCGCUCUGGAGCACUUUUCA